AAACCAAGAACCCAAAAGGCAAUCUAGCGCUCGCUCUCACACGGCAAAACAUCGGAAGUUGAACGGGCUCAGCAAGGCAGUUAAUAUCGGAGGCCCCACGGAGACGCGGGUCAAUCAUUCCCUCGUUCGGGGAUGCUAUGGGGGGAACCAUGCACCGACAGGGGUUCUCCACAUCUUCACGCCGGAGUUUACUCUGCAAAUGGACAUGGGUUCGGCAUGCGAGUCAGACAGGACCGACGGUUUGUAUGGGGGAGACCUUGCACGUCAUGGAUAUGACGCUCGUCCGCUCCGCUUUGGUCGGUGGAUGCUGGAUAGACAAGACAGUCCACUUCCCGACUAUAUCCCGUUUGUUAUAAAUAUGGCGUCGCAUCCGGGGGGCGCUGCGCGGGGUAGCGCUAUCUCCUUUUCAUCUGCGUCGAGAUGUUGCUUAAGUCGCUCCUCGGACUCUCUGUCCUGGCUGGGCUGGGUGCUGCUGUCCCAAGCCCGAGAGCUGUAUCUCCCCCCACAGCGGACGUCCUCAACGGGACAUAUGUUGGUGUGAGCAACAAGCACUACAACCAGGACUUCUUCCUUGGAAUACCCUUCGCGCAGCAGCCGGUCGGGAAUCUGCGGUUUGCAUUGCCGACGCCCCUGAAUGAGACUUGGGAUGGAGAACGGGAUGCGAAGGCGUAUUCGGAUAUUUGUGUUGGAUAUGGAACUGAUUCCAUUUGGUAUCCCCAGUCAGAAGCAUGCCUGACGCUGAACAUUAUCCGCGAUUCUUCCGUUGACGAUCAAUCUGCGCUCCCCGUGGGCGUAUGGAUCCACGGCGGCGGCUUCUAUAUGGGCUCUGGCGCGGACGAGCGAUAUAACAUGUCUGCGAUUGUCGCAAACUCGCAUAAGAUUGGCAAACCGUUCAUCGGCGUGACGAUAAACUACCGCCUCUCGACCUGGGGGUUCCUUGCCUCGAAGGAAGUAACCGACAAUGGAAUUACUAACCUGGGUCUCCGAGACCAACGGCUGGCUCUACAAUGGUUACAGGAGAAUAUUGCUGCUUUCGGAGGUGAUCCCGACAAAGUGACCAUAAUGGGCGAGUCUGCUGGUGGGAUGUCCGUUGGUUCGCAUCUUAUUGCGUACGGCGGUCGAGAUGAUGGACUAUUCCGCGGUGCCAUCAUGGAGUCUGGUGGCUCAGUUACAGCAAACCCUGGAAAUACCUCAUCUUACCAAGGGAUGUAUGAUGAAAUUGUGAGGAAGGUUGGAUGUACUGGGGAGCCGGAUACACUGCAGUGUCUCAGGGAGGUCCCAUUCGAAGACCUGAAUGCGGUGUUCAACGGGACUGGUGGCAACCCAGCAUACUCAUUCUGGCCUUCUGUUGAUGGAGAUUUGAUCCAGGAUCGGGGCAGCGUCCAGCUUGACAAGCAGGCGUUCGUCAAGGUUCCCAUCCUCGCUGGAACCAACACAGACGAAGGCGCCUCAUUUGGUCCCAGAGGGAUUAAUACUACCGAGCAGUUCUACUCAUACCUUACAAGUGGCUCAUCCGGCUUCAAGUAUCCACCGGCGAUGGCGAAGGAAAUCCUAAGACUCUACCCGGAUGACCCAUCGCAGGGCAUUCCUGAAUUCCUGGGAUCGCAGCGAGUUCCAUCAAUGGGAUACCAAUGGCGUCGCACUUGCGCUUACUCAGGGGACUACUCCAUGCACGCGAACCGCCGCCGACAGUGUGAAGCGUGGGCGGAAUCUGGGACUCCUGCAUAUUGUUACCGGUUUAACACGCGCGGUGGGGAUCUGCCUUACAUUGGUGGAGUUGGACAUUUCACUGAGGUUGCGUUCGUAUUUAAUAACAUUGCCGGCCUGGGGUAUCACUACGGCAAGCCCUUUGAUGGAAUGCCCAAGUCGUACCAGGAUUUGAGUGUUUUGAUGGCUAGUAUGUGGGCUUCGUUUAUUCACGAUUUGGAUCCGAACUCAGGGAUUGAGGAGGGCAAAGAUGUAUACUGGGAAGGAUACGGAGUGGAGAAACCAGUAGAUUUGGUCCUCGAUGCAAACGGAACCCAUAUGGAGCCCGACACGUGGAGGAAGGAUGGAAUUGACUUUAUCAACUCUGUCUCAGACGCUCUGCGGAGAUAG